GUAGCUGUUGCCAUUUAGCUGAGGGCUGGUCAAAGGAUAUUUGCACUUGCAUUGCAGAAAUGUCUAUGGGCAAUUAGUGGCACUUAAAAAAGCACUGGAACAGAAAUGCCUCUGCCACGACGCCGAUCCUCAAUCCUGGGCCAGGUGGCUACUGAGUGGCCAGGCUGUGUUGGCCGUGUGAGUGCAGCAGGGACCGGCGCACCUCGUGGAGUGUUUGUAGGCAUGGCUCCCACUGGAGGAACCAGCAGCCUGGGUGCACGCAUUUCCCGGAGAGCUCUAGGCAUCAGCAGCGUGUUCAUGCAGGGACUUAGGAGCACCAGUGUCCCUGUGGUGACCCAGCAUGGAGACCGUGGCCUCCCAUUUGGUUUUGAUAGCCUCAACACAUGCCUGCUGGAGUACCGUGACAAAGUUCAUGCUCUGGAGCAACUUAACCAACAGCUGGAGGAUCGGAUCAGACAUUGUCUUGAUCGUAAAGCUGCUAGUGCUGGAACAUGGAGUGGCCUGAAGCAAGAUUGGGAGGAUGUCUAUAUACAGGUGAGUGAGGCAAUCCUGGACAACGCUCAACUUAUGCUCCAGUCUGAAAAUGUUCAAGCCCAUUCAGAGGACUACAAAGACAGGUAUGAGAGUGAACAGCCAUUCCGUAAGGCAGUGGAGAAAGAGAUUAACUCACUCUACAAGGUCAUUGAUGAUGCAAACCUGACCAGGAUGGACCUAGAGAACCAGAUUGAAAGCAUGAAGAAUGAACUGAUGGAUGUGGAGCAAAGUCACAUAGAGGAUGUUAAAGUGAUUUAUAAGCAGAUGGCUGGGCAUGAGGUUGACGAACCUGGUGCUCCCAUGGAGACCAGUCUGGACCAGAUUCUAGCUUUCAUUCGCUCUCACUGGGAAAGGGUUGUUGAGAAGAACCGUGCUGAGACUGAUGCUUAUCUUGAGUGCAAGGCUGACAGUGUGAACAGUAAGCUCAGUCGUGAGGAAGAAGAAUUUGAGCACCUGAAGACGGACUGCAAUGAUGCCGGGUGCAAGAUUCAGAGUCUACAGGCUGAGACUGAGUCUAUUAGAGCUCUGAAACGAGGCCUGGAGAAUGCCCUCAAUGAUGCCAAACACUGGCAUGGCAUUGAGCUGCAAAAUCUGGGCUCUGUUAUUAGGACGCUGGAAGCAGAGCUCGCUGAUGUCCGUGGGGACAUUGAGCAGCAACGUCGUGACUAUGAAACUCUGCUCAAUAACAAGAUGAAGCUGGAGGUGGAAAUUGGAACAUAUCACGGAAUCCUGGAUGGAGAAGAGAGUAGAUUCUACUCCUCAGCGUUCCCAGAUGUUUUUUCAGUGCCUGAGGGACAGACUCAGCCUUCCACCUCUGGACUACAGACUGAAGGUUCUAAUGCCCCUGGCGCUCCAGAAGAAAGUUAGAGGGAAUCAAUUAUAUUCUAAAGCAUUUUGAAAAAAGCUUUACUUUUAUUUGUUUCUCUUCACUUAGACUACAUAAAAGUUAAUAAAUAAAGAAAAAAUAUUCUUAUG